AUGUCUUUGGAAGAUGAUGAACCGAUGAUUCUCCCAGACGACCCGAAAUACCAUGUCUUUGAUGAAAACGCGCUCAGUAUCCUUGGACGCCUGCUGAACCCCGAGGCUCAGAACAUGGCUAGGAUGAUCGACUACAUGCCCCAAGCCUGGCGACUGUAUGAUAGAGUGCGAGGGAUUUCUCUGACUCGAGAUCGCUUCCAGUUUGUCUUUAAACGAGAAGAGGAUCUUGUAACUGUGCUGAAUGAUCGACCAUGGUCCUACAAUCAUUGGACAAUGGUCAUGGAACGAUGGACUCCAUCCCCUCCCAGAGACUUUCUCUCCACGUUUGAGGAGAUAGCAUAUGAUCCUAAAAGCUCCCAGAAAACAGAAUACAUUCGUGCGAAGGUUUUAUUCACGGCAACGAACCCGGCCUUCGAGGCAAAAAAUUUAACCCUGCCAUCGGAGGAAAUCGUGGUCAUUGAAUAUGAGUAUGAGAAGAUUCAUAAAAGGUGCUUUAGCUGCCAUCGAUUGACUCAUGAAAAGUCAGCGUGCCCCUAUGUUAAGUCGCGCACUCAGAAGUCUAACCAGAAAACAGAGGAGAGAAACAUCAGGGCAGUGGUAACACCUCCAAAUGAAGCUCCUCGCCUCGAAGGCCCGCCUGGCUUUCCCCUGCUGUUCCCAGAGCUACAGGGUGAAGAGAGGGCAAUGGCGAUCCAGUAUAUCUCUCACGCUGAUGAAACAGAGCGCCGUGCACGCAUCCUCCGAGUUCAACAGUCUAUUGAAGAGGACAAAAAUAAAACCCCGACUGUGUUGGCCAAGAUAUCUCAUGAUGUGAACAAGGAGAAAGGGCAUGUGUUCUCCUAUGAUAUGCCGCACUCAGAGGGUUUUCCCCUGGUUGGUAAAUCUUCUCGCCAUGCAAAGUCAGCUAGGAGCGGAGAUCUUGAACGUGCUUCUCAAGCGGGAUCCUCCUCCGGAGAAAGUAAUAAUGUGCAAUCUGUUCCUAUGGGUCCAACGGUGUUUUCGGCUGGAGCCUUAGGUUCCACUUCUAUCGGGAUCUUGAGGAACAAGAAGAAGGCUAGACAACGUCCUCCUGCAUGGGUUCGACAUGUUAGACCUAACCGAAACGUGACACACAAGGAUCAAGUCGAGUUUGAUAAGCUAGAGGGAGACUCAGGUCCAGCAAAGAGGAAAGCAGAGGAAACAGAGCUUACGCACGGUAACAAAUCCACAAAAACCAAAGAAGAAUCCGAUUUGAGGCUGUUGUCGCCCCAAUGA